AGUGACGAACUUCCUAGCGCCAUGCUCCGGACAUGCGUACAUAAACCACAGCUUGUCUAUGUGCAUUCACUCACCUAGCACCUAGCAUCUGAAUACAGGGAUCUAGCUAGUUGGUACAGGGUGCAUUAUAUCCCUAUUGUUCUACGUAGAAUCACAUAACUUACGGUCCUGCAAUGCUACCUCUAUCUUUGUUGAAGACCGCGCAGAACCACCCAAUGUUGGUGGAGCUGAAGAAUGGAGAAACCUACAACGGCCACUUGGUCAGCUGUGACAACUGGAUGAACAUCAACCUAAGAGAAGUCAUCUGCACCUCCAGGGAUGGUGACAAGUUCUGGAGGAUGCCGGAGUGCUACAUCAGGGGCAGCACCAUCAAGUACCUGCGUAUCCCCGACGAGAUCAUCGACAUGGUGAAGGAGGAGGUGGUCUCCAAGGGACGCGGCCGCGGAGGCAUGCAGCAGAACAAGCAGCAGGGCAAGGGCCGCGGUGGAGGAGCAGGCAGAGGUGUGUUUGGAGGCCGCGGCAGGGGCAUGCAGGGAGUGGGCCGAGGGCAGCAGAUGGAGAAGAAGCCGGGCAAACCACAGGGCGUGAUGAAGAACCAGCACUGAGAGAGGACGCCUCUACGCGCCCACCCCUCUCUCCUCCCCAUCCCCCUCUCCGCACCCCCACCCCCCUCUCCGCACCCACCCCCCUCUCCGCACCCACCCCCCUCUCCUCAUCCACCCCCCUCUCCGCACCCUCACCCCCCUCCUCCCCCUCCUCCCCAUCCUCCCCAUCCUCCCCCCACCCCACAUACAUUUACACAGUUUGUAAACAGUACAAAAUCUACGGCGCCUCUAAAGGGACAUAUGCUAUUUUGUUCAAGUUCCCGUGUGUGUGUGUGUACCAGAAGCUUUUGCAUCCACAUACACACCAGAACUUUCUCAUGCUCACCAGAAACUCAAAACUCCUAGGCGGACCUGGGCUAAUUUUUUGUUUUUGUUUGUACGCUUCUUGUGAGCAUGAGAAACGAUCUGGUACGCACCAGAAGCUUCAACUUAAGGGGGAGAAGAACAUUGCACAUGGUCCUCUAGGGGAUCCGUAGAAAUCUGAGCCAACUUUUAGUUUCAGUUUGCUGUGUUGCUUUGUAGCACUCCGACGCCACUGCUACACCUGGACUGACCCCUUCGUUUUGCCCAUUUCUGUUUCACACUUUUGAAAAAUAUUCAUGAUUCAUUUCUUCGUUCGUUCGCUCACUGGAUUGAUUAAUUCCUGAUUUUAAAUUCAUCAAGUAGCACACGAGGCCCUUGCAGCCGUUUCUUUGCCUGUUUUAUUUGUGACUGUAUGCUGAUCGUUGUAUUUCCACACAAUUACCAGAGACAUUGUAAAGACGUUACAGGAUGUUUAAAGGUCUUUUUUUUGUUUGUUAGGUUUUGAAUAUCAUUGGAUGACUGUCAUACGUUUUCAAGGGUUUUGCUUUAGAUAUGGAGAACAGCCUGAUGUUUUAAUUUAUUUACAAGGGCACUGUAAAUAAAUAUUUUUGUUAACCUUU